UUCCUGGGGACCGACCCCGCGCGUGCGCACUGUGGUUCUGCGCUUGUCAUCAUGGCGACGCGGGGCCAUGUGCAGGACCCUAACGACAGGCGCCUCCGGCCCAUUUACGAUUAUCUUGAUAAUGGCAAUAAUAAAAUGGCAAUUCAGCAAGCAGAUAAACUGUUGAAGAAACAUAAAGAUCUUCAUUGUGCUAAGGUUCUAAAGGCGAUUGGUUUGCAGAGAACUGGAAAGCAAGAGGAAGCAUUCACCUUGGCACAGGAAGUGGCAGCCCUUGAGCCCACAGAUGACAACUCACUGCAGGCACUGACGAUUCUUUACCGGGAAAUGCACCGACCGGAGCUAGUUACAAAACUAUAUGAGGCAGCUGUGAAGAAAGUUCCCAAUAGUGAGGAGUACCAUUCUCAUCUCUUCAUGGCCUACGCUAGAGUUGGCGAAUAUAAGAAAAUGCAGCAGGCUGGCAUGGCUCUAUAUAAGAUUGUCCCCAAAAACCCUUACUACUUUUGGUCUGUGAUGAGCUUAAUAAUGCAAUCUAUAUCUGCUCAGGAUGAGAACCUUUCAAAAACGAUGUUUCUGCCCCUUGCUGAGAGAAUGGUAGAAAAAAUGGUGAAAGAGGACAAGAUUGAAGCUGAGGCUGAAGUUGAACUUUAUUAUAUGAUCCUAGAACGUUUGGGGAAGUACCAGGAAGCCUUGGAUGUCAUCAGAGGGAAGUUAGGAGAGAAAUUGACCAGUGAGAUUCAGAGUCGGGAAAACAAAUGCAUGGCUAUGUACAAGAAGCUGAGCAGAUGGCCAGAGUGUAAUGCUCUCUCCCGGCGCCUCUUACUGAAAAACUCAGAUGACUGGCAGUUCUACCUAACUUACUUCGAUUCUGUCUUUCGACUGAUUGAAGAGGCCUGGACUCCUCCUGCUGAAGGUGAACACUCUUUAGAAGGAGAAGUACAUCAUUCUACAGAAGAAGCUGUGAAGUUUAUAGAAGAUAGGAUAACAGAAGAAUCUAAAAGCUCUCGCCAUCUUCGAGGACCUUAUCUAGCUAAAUUGGAGCUGAUUAGGCGUUUAAGACGUCAAGGUUGUAACGAUGAGUACAAACUAGGUGAUCCAGAAGAAUUAAUGUUUCAGUAUUUUAAAAAAUUUGGAGAUAAACCUUGUUGUUUUACAGACCUCAAGGUGUUUGUUGACCUCUUGCCUGCUACACAGUGUACAAAGUUCAUCAACCAGCUACUUGGAGUUGUUCCUUUGUCGACACCAACAGAGGAUAAGCUGGCACUGCCUGCUGACAUCAAAGCUCUGCAACAGCAUUUGUGUGUGGUGCAACUGACAAGGUUACUUGGCUUAUACCACACCAUGGACAAAAGUCAGAAAUUGAAUGUGGUCAGAGAAUUGAUGCUAAGGUACCAGCAUGGAUUAGAAUUUGGAAAAUCCUGCUUGAAAACAGAAUUGCAAUUUUCAGACUAUUACUGCCUCCUUGGUGUCCAUGUGCUUAUUGAUAUAUGGAGAGAAACAAGUGACGAGACCGCUGUGUGGCAGGCCCUGACUCUGUUGGAAGAGGGAUUAACCCAUAGCCCUUCCAAUGCUCAAUUCAAAUUGCUGCUUGUUCGAAUCUAUUGUAUGCUGGGUGCAUUUGAACCGGUGGUGGAUCUUUACUCCAGCCUUGAUGCUAAGCACAUACAGCAUGAUACCAUUGGAUACCUUUUGACCCGAUAUGCCGCAUCCUUAGGUCAGUAUUCUGCGGCAUCCCAGUCCUGUAACUUCGCACUCAGGUUUUUCCACUCCAACCAGAAAGAUACCUCAGAAUAUAUUAUUCAAGCUUACAAAUAUGGUGCAUUUGAGAAGAUCCCAGAGUUUAUCGCUUUUAGGAACAGACUGAAUAAUUCUCUUCAUUUUGCGCAAGUCCGUACUGAACGGAUGUUAUUAGACCUUCUACUUGAAGCAAAUAUAUCAACCAGCUUGGCAGAAAGUAUAAAGUCAAUGAAUCUUAGGCCAGAAGAAGACGACAUUCCAUGGGAAGACUUGCGAGACAACAGAGACUUAAAUGUUUUCUUCAGCUGGGAUCCAAAAGACAGGGACGUUUCUGAAGAACAUAAGAAACUUUCUUUAGAGGAAGAGACUGUGUGGUUAAGGAUCCGUUCCUUAACAUUGAGGCUGAUCAGUGGACUUCCAAGUCUUAACCACCCGGUGGAGCCAAAGAACUCGGAGAAGACCACUGAGAAUGGUAUAUCCUCCCGGAUUGAUAUACUGCGUUUGCUCCUUCAACAGCUGGAGGUGACCCUGGAUACAGGAAAGCGAUUUAUUGAGAAGCAAAUUCAGUAUCCUUUCCUUGGUCCUGUAUCUACCAGAAUGGCUGGAUUCUUGAAUUCUGGCUGUUCUCAGUGCCAGACUAGCUCCUUUCAUCUUGUUAGUGACAUUUAUGAGUUGGAUACCAGUGGAUUAGAGGAUACAGUGGAAAUCCAAGAACGAAUAGAGAAUUGUCUGAGAUCUUUACUUGAACAAUUAAAAGAUGUCUUCAGUAAAUGUAAAGGUGACCUCUUAGAAGUUAAAGAUGGUAAUUUGAAAACACAUCCUAGUCUCUUAGAAAAUCUUGUCUUCUUUGUUGAGACUAUUUCUAUUAUCCUUUGGGUGUCUAGUUACUGUGAGAGUGUUCUACGACCAUACAAAUUAAAUUUACAGAAGAAGAAAAAGAAGAAAAAAGAAACCAGCAUUAUCAUGCCACCUGUCUUUACCAGUUUCCAAGACUAUGUAACUGGUCUUCAGACUUUAGUUUCCAAUGUUGUGGAUCAUAUUAAAGGGCUUGAAACACAUCUAAUUGCACUGAAACUUGAAGAACUUAUUUUAGAAGACAAUUCUCUAUCACUGGAAGAAAGAAAAUUUUCAAAGACUGUGCAAGGGAAGGUACAGAACAGUUAUCUGCACUCACUUCUGGAAAUUGGGGAGCUGCUGAAAAAAAGACUUGAGACCACAAAGAAAAUAAAAAUUUAAGGAAGUGUGAAUCGCAGGCAACGCUGACUCUACCACAGAGAAUGACACCAUCUUUCCAGGCAAAAGCUACAUCUGGUUGACCAUCAUUUUUAUCCAGAACUUCCUCAUAAAAUGCAUGAAGG